UGGGUAGCAUUGUAUAAAUGUUUAUGUUUUUAUUUUUUCGUAGAACAACGAAUCACUAUCUAAAGGCGAAGACCUCCGUUAUACUUUGCAUACAGCAGAACAACAGCAGCUCCAGCAACGAAUCCUUUUAUACCAUAGAAGUCAGUUCGUAGGUAAGAUGGGUCCAAAAAGAAGGCGCGCGUGUUAGUAUAUUCUCUGGGUACCAAUAAAAUGGGACUCCGAACACUUCCUUACCUUCAAUGAAGCCAAGCACGGGAGGCGAAGUCAAAAAGUUUUCAGCUUCUUGCACCUUGGGUCCAGCUUUUCGUCUAAGUUCAUUCAGUUCGUUACGAAGUCUGGUAACUUCAUCCUUGGCUACGUCAGAGGCCUUGUCAAUACCCUCAUGGAGUUUCUUUUCAGUUUGUUUGCUAGAAUCAGACAUGGUUCACAAAGUGAGGGAAAGGAAAAAAAGAGAUGAAAUGCAAACUCUUUGGGACUAUUAUUUUUAUUUUUAAUUGAAUUGGGGGUUUGUUUUGGGAGGCGUAAUGUCUC